AUGCGGGGAUCACUGCUCCUCUUCGCCCCCUUUGUGGGAGCCGCGGUCCUCGGACCCCGGGCUGGCAGCCCGGACGAUUGUCCUAGCUACAAAGCUGUAAACAUCAAUGAGCAAGGCCAGUCUCUGACGGCAGAUCUCACUCUCGCGGGCGACCCCUGUAACUGCUACGGCACCGACUUGGAGAACCUGAAGCUGCUCGUGGAGUACCAGACCGACGACCGCCUGCACGUUGUCAUCUACGACGCCGAGGAGGAUGUCUACCAGGUCCCAACUUCAGUGCUGCCGCGGCCUCAGGCCCACGGCGACCACCACAAGAAACAGCCUGCUAUCCGCUUCGACUAUCAACCUGAACCUUUCAGUUUCCGUGUGCUGCGUGAUCAGGAAGUGCUGUUUGAUACCUCGGACACCAGCCUGAUCUUCCAGAACCAGUACCUCAAGCUCCGGACCUGGCUGCCGGCGGACCCGCACCUUUACGGCCUGGGCGAGCACUCCGACUCGCUUCGUCUGCCAACGAAGAACUACACGCGCACCUUGUGGAGCCGGGAUGCGUACAGCAUACCGGAAAACACAAACUUGUACGGCAACCACCCGGUGUAUGUGGACCAUCGCGGGGAUGCUGGCACGCACGGCGUGUUUUUCUUGAACUCCAAUGGGAUGGAUAUCAAGAUCGAUCAGACCGACGAUGGGCGCCAGUACCUGGAGUACAACACCAUCGGUGGCGUCCUUGAUUUCUACUUCUUGGCUGGCCCUACACCCAAGGAUGUGGCUAAGCAGUAUUCGGAGAUUGUGGGCCUUCCUGCGAUGCAGAGCUACUGGACUUUUGGUUUCCACAACUGCCGCUAUGGAUACCGUGAUGUCUAUGAUGUUGCCGAGGCGGUUUACAAUUACAGCCUUGCUCGCAUUCCGUUAGAGACUAUGUGGACGGAUAUCGACUACAUGUAUGGCCGUCGUGUGUUUACUCUGGAUCCGCAGCGGUUCCCGAUAGACAAGAUGCGUGAGUUGGUUGAUCAUCUGCACAAGCAUAACCAGCACUAUAUUGUCAUGGUGGAUCCAGCUGUUAGUGACAGCGACAACGGAGCUGCCAAUCGAGGUAAAGAAGCAGGCGUCUUCCUCACCCGCGGCGAUGACCUCUAUCAAGGCGCCGUCUGGCCCGGUGUCACCGUCUACCCCGACUGGUUCCACCCGGGCACGCAAGACUGGUGGAACGAUGAAUUCAGCCGGUUCUUCUCCGCGGACGGCGGUGUUGACAUCGACGGCCUAUGGAUCGACAUGAACGAGGCCGCCAACUUCUGCCCCUGGCCCUGCGAGGACCCCGCCGCGUACGCAAAGGACAACGACCUGCCCCCCGCUGCUCCGGCCGUCCGCGAUUCGUCGCCGCGCCCGCUGCCCGGUUUCCCGUCUGACUUCCAGCCCAAGACGUCGCCAGCUGCCAAGCGUUCUGACACUGUCAAAGCCCGUAGGGGUAAGGGCAGCAAGGCGGGCUUGCCUGAUCGGAACCUCCUGUCGCCACCGUAUCAGAUUGCUAAUGCGGCUGGGUCGCUGAGCAACAAGACCAUUGAUACGGAUCUUGUGCAUGCUGGGGAUGAUUCAUAUGUGGAGUACGACACUCAUAACCUUUAUGGAACCAUGAUGAGCUCUGCCUCUCGUGAGGCCAUGAUCCAGCGCCGCCCGAAAGUGCGUCCUCUGGUGAUUACUCGUAGCACCUUCGCCGGUGCAGGUGCUCAUGUCGGCCACUGGCUUGGCGACAAUCUCAGCCAAUGGGACAAGUACCGCACCUCCAUUGCGCAGAUGCUCGCCUUCGCCUCGAUCUUCCAGAUUCCCAUGGUCGGCUCGGACGUCUGUGGCUUUGGCGGCAACACGACCGAGGAGCUCUGUGCACGCUGGGCCACCCUGGGCGCCUUCUACCCAUUCUACCGCAACCACAACGAGAUCUCCUCGAUCCCACAGGAGUUCUAUCGGUGGCCGACCGUCGCCGACGCCGCGCGCAAGAUCAUCGAGAUCCGCUACCGGCUACUGGACUACCUGUACACGGCGUUCCACCAGCAGACGCAGACCGGCGAGCCUUUCCUACAGCCGCUCUUCUACGUGUACCCCUCCGACGCAAACACCUUCGCCAACGAAGCGCAGUUCUUCUACGGCGACGCGCUGCUGAUCUCACCCGUCCAGGACGUCGGGCAAACCUCGGUGGACGCCUACUUCCCCAACGACAUCUUCUACGACUGGCACAGCGGCGCCACCGUCCGCGGCCACGGCGCUCCCGUGCACCUGUCCAACAUCGGCAUCACCGAGAUCCCGAUCCACAUCCGCGGCGGCAGCGUGAUCCCCCUGCGCGCAACGAGCGCCAUGACCACGACCGAGCUGCGCCGCCGUGGCUUCGAGAUCUUAGUGGCGCCGAACCUGAGCGACUAUGCCUCCGGUUCGCUGUACCUGGAUGACGGCGAGUCGCUGCAGACCGAUCGCAGCUCCCAGAUCGAGUUCGAGUAUCGUCGUGGCCACCUCACUAUCCGCGGUCAAUUCGGGUAUUCGGCUAAUGUGGUGAUUGAGUCCGUGACUGUGCUGGGGCAGAAUCGCCCGCCGAAGCAGAAGCGCGGGGUGGAGUUUGACGCAGCGCGGCACAGUGUGACGAAGAAGGUGAACAUCGCGUUGUCAGGGCCUGCUGAGGUUGAUAUUUAG